GAUUGCAAACAUAAUAACAAGCAACACGUGAUAGUUGGUGGCUUGACACAGAACAGCAGUUCAAAGCAUACAGAUGCCAGGUGCAGCAUGCAAAAAAAAAAAAAAAUGUCUCGAUGUGGCGAGAACUACUUUUGCAACCUCACACACGCUCCUCAAAGCCGUCCACAAUACAGACUGAUUGGCUUUCAUGAAUCAAAGGACACCUCGUCUACAGUGAAAGUGGUAGGCUACUCACAGUCCGGGUCGUACCAAAACCUGGGGGAGAGGGAUUUUCUCCUAUCAGGUAACUGCUAAUUAGCCGUAUCCUUAUUUGGACGCAGACCACAAAAAAUACAUCUAGCAAAACGAUGUGCUUAAUUUCAUUCAGUUAAACCAAGUUCCUUUUAAUUCCCCCCCCUCGACGCCGCAGACCCGGAUCUGCCAAUACCCCUAUUCCCUGGCAAUGGAGAAACUAUGUAACCAAAUAGAGGGCUGCGCUCAAGAUAAUAAAUAUUAGAAUAAAAGAAGCGCUUUUAUUUCCCAUAUGACAAAAUGUCGGUGGCGUUUUCAUCGGCGCGUCCCAGGAGUAAAGGGGAGGUGACACAGCAAACGAUUCAAAAGAUGCUCGAUGAGAACCAUCAUUUAAUACAAUGCAUAAUGGAUUACCAAAGUAAAGGCAAGACAGCUGAAUGCACACAGUAUCAGCAGAUCCUGCACAGAAACCUUGUUUACUUGGCCACGAUAGCUGAUUCGAAUCAGAACAUGCAGUCGCUGCUACCUGCGCCUCCCACCCCCACUAUGUCAAUGGGCCCUGGAGUGAUGGGCCAGAGCGGGGGACAUGCUCCAAGCAACCUCAAUGACAGCAUGGCACCAGGGCUACCCCUCACUUCAAUGAUGCAGAGCCAAAUGAGCAAUGGCCCCAGCCAUGCCCCCAUGCAGCAGCAGCAGCAGCAGCAGCAGUCUGGUCAGGUGCAGUCGGCCAUUCCUUCCACGUCCCUCAGCCUGCCAGCCGGCAGCUAUGGUAGCUCGGUCUCUGGCUACAGCCACGCUGCACCUUCCUCCCAGGGCAGCAUGAUGCAGGGCCCUGGGCCUGGUUAUGGCUCAUCUUCCUCUUCUUCAUCCACGUCCUCAUCCUCUUCCUCCUCCUCCUCCUCCUCCUCCCGCAGCAACCUCAACAUGCAGUCCAGCCAAGUCUCCAUGAUGCACCAACAGUCUGCCGCUCCACACUACUCCUCAGCCCAGACUGGGGGUCAGCACUAUCAGGGGCAGCAAACCAUGGGCAUGAUGGGUCAGGGCAGUCAAGGAAACAGUAUGAUGUCUCAGAGGCCUAUGGGAUCCUACCGCUCUUCCCAGCAAGGAUCUGCACAGCAGUACAUGGGACAAGACGAGUUCUACGGAGAGCAGUAUGGACACACUCAGAGCUCCAGCGAGCCCAUAAACCAGCAGUAUUACCCCGAUGGUCACGGGGAGUACUCAUAUCAGCAGUCUUCGUACGGGGAGCAGGGCUAUGACAGGUCGUUUGAUGAGUCCUCACAGCAUUACUAUGAAGGAGGUAACUCUCAGUACAGUCAGCAGCAGGCCCAGUAUCAGCAGAGCUCUGGCCAACAGCAGCCCUUCAGCCAGCAGCAGUACUCCUCUCAACAGGGCUACAGCGGGCAGACGCAGGGAUACGGUCCUGGCCAGGGAGGGUCCUCUCAAUAUUCUCAGUAUCAGCAGGGUCAAAGCCAACAGUAUGGAUCCUACCGCUCUUCCCAGGGAGGCCCCGGAGCACAGACACAGAGGCCCUACGCCUAUGAACAGGGUCAGUAUGGAAAUUAUCAGCAAUAAGGCACCACACUGCUUUCCUGUCGGAAGACCGUGAGAGAUGGAACGGUUCCAUCAGUAACACGCUGGGCUCAGCUACAGAUUAGAAGCUCUGGCUGCGUCAGAUUUAUUAUCCCCUCAUUAAUCAUCAUUCUAGCUAUGAACAAAUGCUCGAGUCAAAUGUGAUGCUUCCUCCCUCUGCUUUGCUCGCUUAAGGUUUGUAGCUGGUGUGAAGUCGAAGGUCUGAAGGUGCUUUAAUGUAAACAUGAUACAUGGAUUUAACAGACUACUGAGCGGUAGCAGUCAUUGAGUCAUUGAAUACACCUCAGCAGACUGCUGAUAUCUUCUGACACACACACGUCUAUAUCAUAUUCCCUGCCUUUAUUGCUUAUUAUAUCCAGCAAGCCUCUUUGGUAUUAGUUGAUUUUGGUGCACAGAGCAGGGCCUCAGUUUGUGAGACUGCUAUAAAAAGAAAACUUUGAUAUUUAUUUAAUAGACUAUGGGCCGGAUCUACUAAGAUCCCACAUUGUGUGUACUAAUUUGCGGGCGCAAUCUAGAAUUUUGCGAGUUGGCUGGAACUGCGGUUUGCGGAUGAUUGACAGCACAUGCAAACGGCCGUAUGUAAAUGAGCGUUUGGCAUGUAUUGCAUUGCAGACCACGGUGGGUGCAUGUGAAACACGCAAGUUGUUUACAAGAUACGUAUGACUCGCUUGCAUAUUUACCGAAUAAAAAAUAAUGUGCUUUGUGGGGUAACGUUUAGUUGUAAAAUGAGGAUGCGUGAAUUCCUCCUCGCUACAAAAACAGCAGCCGUGUGUGCGCAAUUACGCACUGGACAAACUGUUUGCUCCUCCUUUUGAGACGUGUUAAAUAUAGACGCAAUUUGUAAGAGCAAAAUUGCUUUCAGGUUUGAUAAAUCGCUUUGCGUGUAGUAAAUUCGUAUAUUUGCAUUUUCUCCUCCCAGCAAACUCAGCGCGUAAACGACCCAUAUUGCAUAUUCACUGAGGCAAAUGUGCUAAGUGGAUGCCCACGCGCUGUUUGGCACCUUUCAAAGACGCAAUCCUUAGUGCGCGCUGUUCGUAAAUCAGUAUGUACGUUGUUUUUGCGCGCGCAGUGAGUUUGCACACGUUUUUAUACACGCAAACCUUUAGUAGAUCUGGCCCUAUGUCUCUGGAUUCUUAACAGAGCCGCUGUUAUAUCUCACCAUAAGGGGAAUUAAUUUUUAUGAAGGUGAAACUGAAACGAUUUUAAACCUGACACGAUCAGCGGAUUUGUCUGUGUUCGUCAAACUGUGAUGUGUUGCCGUGUGGUCUAACAUUAUGUGUCUUCACUCUCUACAUAUGUCUUACUGAGGAAAUGGGCAUAGCUGUUAGCAAUCUGACAGAGAUUUGAAAACGUAUCGUGGUCCAUGAUAAUCCUACAUCGUGGUGGUAUUUUUGACAGCAUAUAUUUUAGUAGCAUCAGUCUGCACAGUCGUUGUGGAGAGUUAAGGAGUGUAUGGACAGAAUUUUACAUAAAAAAAAAUUGCAUUGCCACUUUGUCUGCACUUUAUUUUGCAGUGACAGUAUAUGUAUUGUCUGAUAUUUUGUAUUGUAGUGCGAUUCGGGCUGUCUUUAGCAAGUGAUACUCAAAAAGCCAAAGCAACACAGGAACAGAGCAGUAACACGUCCUGCACCCUCUACUUCAAUAAGUGCAAUAUGCUCAGUCAGUCACGUUGAGAUCGGUUCUUAUGGUGAAAUCAGACUUUGUUCUGUUAUUAUUUGUAGUUUCCUGACAUGCAGGGGUCAGUUUGUCUCAGUGUUAUUAAAUGUUAUGUUGCAAGUUUCAACAGACAUGUGAUAUAAACAAUGUUUUUUGUAUUUAUGUAUGUCUGUAUUGAAAGAUUGUGUGAGAUUUUUCCACAUAAACAUAAAGAUUUCUACAUAGUGUUAAUUUUAAUAAGUGCUCAUGUACAAGCAAGCACUUGCUUUUCUUAUCUAUCUAUCUAUCUAUCUAUCUAUCUAUCUAUCUAUCUAUCUAUCUAUCUAUCUAUCUAUCUAUCUAUCUAUCUGAACAACACAUCUGGUCAUUUCAUAAGUCAGUUGUAAUGAUUAUCAGCGGGUUUGUGAGCUUUGCAGUAUCCUGAUAUAACUUAACUUACCUCAGAGGGGUAAAAUAACACAGUAUUUGCAGUCAUUUUGCAAGGGGGGGUCAGAAAUAGGCGAUACCUGGCUGUCAAACAGCUAAUGAACUUGUACCACUCAACACGGACAAUCACAGGCUUCUCUAUACUAUAAUGAAUCGUUAUCAGUGUCCCAUUUUACUGUGAACUGAACCUGUACGGCAAGUCCUUUCCAAUUGUAUGUCAUGUGUCAUCACUUGUGGGUUGUAUGCCUCGUUUCUGUGUGCGUGAAUGUGGUGUGUGCGGGAGUGUGUGAUUGCACAUGUGUUGGAGAAGGAGAGAGGCGUUUGAUGUGCAUAACCCAAAUAUGAAUGUCAUCUACUUAUCUGUCAUAAGACUGCAUUGCCUGAUCUUUUCUGUGGUCUUUUGUUACUAUUUGUUAUAUAAAAAUUAAACUUCACAUUCAA